AUGGCUUCCUCACCUAACAAUAAUGACCCACCUGAAUAUCAAGGUCCUCUUACAAAGAUGGGAUUGAUUACAAAUAAUAAAAGAUUUCGUGGCGAUCGGCCAUCUCCAGGACCCCACAGGUGCUAUUUACAUUAUUUGGAUAUUUUUUAUGGAUUGACAUUAGAUCCGAUGGAAUUUCGUGAACCUUGCAUUGCCUUCUGGAAAUGCAUGAGAAGUGAGGAAGGAAGGAAAGAACCACCUCGUUGGCGACCUCUUAGAGAACAACAAUUACAACAAAUUGAAAGUAAAUAUAGCGAUAUUAAGGCUUUUACUAUUCCACUUUUUUUUCAACAAUCUGACAAUAAAUCCCCAUUCUUUGAAGUCCGUUUCCCACGUUUACUAGUUCUUUAUGCCAACAAGAAACAUGCUGAAGAAUAA